AAAAUCUCUCUCUGUCUCUCAUUCUGUCACUCUCACUCACUCACACAGAACAGAACUAAAGAAAUCUCAAAAACCCUAAAACAAAAACCAAACAUCUCAAACUGGUUUGAAAAUUGAAAUGAAAACACUCACAAACUGAAACCUUAAACCCUGUCUCUGUCUCUGUCUCUCUCUCUCUCUCUCUCUCAUCAAUGGCUUCUCAAAUGGCGAUCCUAACUCGAACCCGAACCCUCUUCAAAUCCUCCACCACCAAAUCCAUCACCACCUUCACAUUUCUCUCCCAAGAGCCCCAACUCGCCGAGUCAACUCACUCUGACUCGCCCUCGCCACCGCCGCCACCACCACCACCACCAACAGCAACACCAACAGCAACACCUCUACCUCCAAACCCAGCUUCAGGUAGCCCACUCUACAACGAGAACUGGCGCAGCCCAAUCGCCAACUCGCCCAACUCCCUAUCCCUGACUCAGUCCCUCAUGCCCCUGGGGUUUCUCGCGCAAUCCCCGAACUCUCGCAUCCAAGCUCUCUCCCAAACCCUAGAUGGCGAGAGCAUGAUGAACGUGUUCGCCGAAUGGAUGGCUUCGCAGCGCUGGGGCGAGAUGAAGCAGCUGUUUGAGUUUUGGAUUCGGUCCUUGGAUCGGGCCGGGAAGCCGAAUAAGCCCGAUGUGGGGCUUUACAACAAUUACUUGAGGGCUAAUUUGAUGACCAAUGCUUCGGCGGCCGAGUUGCUUGAUCUCGUGGCUCAGAUGGAGGAUUAUGAUGUUGUGCCUAACACCGCGUCGUUUAAUUUGGUUCUCAAGGCUAUGUAUAAGGCUAGGGAGACUGUUGCCUCGACUAAAUUGCUCGAAAGGAUGCUGCAGACAGGGAAAGAAUCUCUUCCUGAUGAUGAGUCAUAUGACUUAGUUGUUGGCAUGCUAUUUAUGACGGAUGAGAUUGAUGCUGCCUUGAAAUAUAUAGAUAUGGGUUUAAAAUCUGGUUAUAUGUUGUCAACGAGGGUGUUCACUGAAUGUGUGCGGAGCUGUGCCAAUCAGGGCCGGCUGGAUACAUUGGUCUCAAUUAUUGAAAGGUGUAAGACAAUGGAUCAGAACAAAGCUCUUUGUCCUGCCUGGAACAUGUGCAACUAUAUUGCAGAAGUUGCAAUGCAAGAGGAUAAUAGCAAGUUAGCAUUCUAUGCCCUGGAAUUUAUGGCCAAAUGGAUUGCUCGGGGUGAGCAAGCAAGGCCAGCUGUUAUGCUUUCAGUAGAUGAAGGAUUAGUUGUGUCAGCACUUGGAGCUGCCGGUAGAACCUACAGCUCUUCUCUAUUGGAUGCAUCAUGGGCAAUCCUACGACGUUCCUUGCGUCAAAACAAGGCCCCUAACCCAGAAUCUUACAUUGGGAAGAUAUAUGCCCUUGCAUCAUUGGGCAAUCUACAAAGAGCUUUUAGUACUUUAAAUGAAUUUGAGGCAACUUAUGGAAAUUCUGAUAAAGAAGCAGAAGAAGAAAUGUUCUCUCCCUUUACCUCUUUAAAUCCAUUGGUCAUGGCAUGUUCCAAAAAGGGUUUUGAGACUUUGGAUUCAGUGUAUUUUCAACUGGAGAAUUUAAGCCGUGCUGAUCCUCCCUACAAGUCUGUUGCUGCUCUAAAUUGCAUAAUUUUGGGUUGUGCAAAUAUAUGGGACCUUGAUCGUGCCUACCAAACUUUUGAGGCCAUUGGUUCCUCUUUUGGAUUGACCCCUAAUAUUCAUUCAUAUAACGCUCUGAUGUUUGCAUUUGGGAGGCUCAAGAAGACAUUUGAAGCUUCGAGGGUGUUUGAGCACUUAGUAGGUUUGGGUGUUAAACCAAAUGCUAUGUCAUAUUCAUUGCUUGUUGAUGCCCAUCUCAUCAACCGAGAUCCAAAAGCUGCUCUCUCUGUGAUUGACGAGAUGGUAACUGCUGGAUUUGUACCAUCAAAAGAAUCACUUAAAAAGGUCAGAAGGCGUUGUAUGCGUGAGAUGGACUAUGAGAGUGAUGACCAAGUUGAGGCCCUGGCUAGAAAGUUCAAGAUUCGAAUGGGUACAGAGGCUCGAAGGAAUAUGCUGUUUAAUCUUGGGUACAACACUGAUUUUGCCAGAUAGGUCUGCCUCUUUUUGGGCUGGAAAAUCUCAAUGCUGAUAGUUUGGUUCACCAAGUUCACAAAGUUGUCUUUGUCCUGAUUAGAUUUCAUCCUUGUUUGUAAAUUAUCUGAUUGUACCCAAUUUUGAAUCUUUGUAGGAUGCGUUAGAAUGAUAGCCUCCUACAGCCUUUUUAUACUUAUUUUUCCCCCCCUUUGUUUAUGGAUUCUUUCUGUGCUAUCUGAGGAGAACUAGAGGGCAGUGACUUGCUAAACGAGAGAAGAUUUGAAUGUUGACGAAUAAUUGUAGGACAAACCCAAUUACUUAAGAAGUCCAGAGUAGGUUUUCCCA